AUGUUCACGGCAAUAACACAUCAGUAAUCAGUAUACAGAAUGAGCGAACGAAGAAAAUCAAGUGAAACUAGAGGGGACCGCAGCGAUAGCUAUGAAUCGAAGCCGCGUCUAGAUGACUAUCCACCUAAUUCUCGCUUGUUCAUUGUUUGUAGUCGAAACAUCACGGAGGAAGAGUUUCAGGAUGCGUUUCAGAAGUUUGGAACCAUCGAGGAGAUAUGGACAGUACGCGACAAGACGACAAAACAACCAAAAGGUGUCACAUAUAUCAAAUUCUCCAAAACUUCUGAGGCAGCACUAGCGCUGGAGGAGAUGAACGGUCGGUGUAUUGCCAGCCACCCCAGGCCACUCAAAGUGAUGAUCGCCCACAGCCGGGACCAGGGCUCGAAGCGGGAGAUGAACGAGUCGGAACGGCUGCUGCGGCUGUUCUGCGUCGUGCCCAAGACGAUGACCGACCAGGAGCUGCGCGAGCACUUCCAGGAAUUUGGCGACAUAGACUACGUGUCAAUCGUCAAGGACCGCGAGACCAGGGAGAGCAAGGGCUUCGCUUAUGUCAAGUUCCACAAAGUAUCUCAUGCAGCCAAAGCGUACGAAGGCUGCGACCGUUCAUUCAAGGCGGUGUUUGCCGAACCCAAGCGGCAGGCACCGAGGGACAACCCUUUUCCUGACCGCUUCUCUUCAGCGUCUGGCUCGGGUGGAGGGAUGCCUGGCGGGGGAGUGUUCGACAACGCGUACACUCCUUUCAACAGCCGAGGGGUACCGCACGAAGGCUCGGGGAAGGUGACGCUGCGCGUGAUCGCGCCCGGCAGCCUGACGCAGGACCAGCUGUGGCGGCUGUUCGACCUGGUGCCGGGCCUCGACUACCUGCAGUGCGACCCCAAGCUCUGGAUGGGUAAACAGCAGGCGACGGCAGUGUACAACUCUGCACAGGCAGCCGCCUACGCCCUGGACCGUCUCCAUGGCUUCGAGUACCCGCCCGGCUACAGACUCAUAGUGAAGAUGGAUCCUGACCGUCCCCUGUCCCACGUGUCGGCGAGCAGGGACCCUUUCUCGGCAGUAGCCGCGGCCAGCUCCCCCCGACUGGGCACCGCGUCACCCGGCAUUGGGAGUGUCGGUGCGGUGAGUGCGGCCGCCGCUUUGACCCCGGACUUGGCGACUCUGGCGGAGACAAUCGCACAGGCCACGUCGAUCAUACAGGCUGCCGGGCUUGCACCUGGGAAAAUCAAACCUGCAGAUCCCGGAGUGACAGAAGAGACGUACGACCCCAGCUACUGCUCGGUGAAGCUGCCACCACCACAGCCACUGGCUCCCGUCGACUCCGACUGUGCCGAGAGGUUGUUUAUCGUUUGCAAUCCGAGCCCUCCACCUUCCUACGCAGUGCGUGAUGUUUUUGGCAGAUUCGGCCACCUGAUUGACGUCUACCUGCUGAACGGCAAGAACUAUGGCUACGUCAAGUAUGCCAGUAAGGAGUCUGCCAAUAAGGCAAUUCAGGUGUUGCACGGCCAGGAGAUAUGCGGAGUUCGGCUGAAGGUGAUGGCCGCAGAUCCACGCACAGACGACCGCCGCAAGAGGCUCAGGGUGGAUGACCAGUAGGUGCACACGUGUUGACGCUCCACACAAAAAAAAACACAAGUACAGUAAAAUCAACAAAACACUUUUUCACGGAAACCACUUGACUGGUGACGACGGUGUGGAACGGGAGAUCACUCGCAACCACAAACAGAAAACUCCGAACGAGACUUGACGUCACCUGUGUGCCACUGACGGACCGGCGGUACCAACUUAACAACUACUGAGACGAGAGGUACCAACUGUUACACGACGACAAGAAACUCGUUGCUGGACGUUGCAGGUGGUUCUGUUCCUUGACGUAGUUCCCUAGUUACGUAAAAUCUGACUUUUGGACUGCAGGCUGUUUAAUGCUACUUCCAUUUCUUCCACUUCUCGUGAAGUAUCCCUGAUACUAACAGAAAGUGUGUGUGCUUGCGUGCAAAUGAGAGAGAUUGUGUUAGUGAGAGAUGAUGUGCAAUACUUACUGUACAGACCAUGCUAUUGAGCUUGGCACAUUAAGAUGGGGAAUUUUUUUUUAGUAAUUAUUUCCUGUUACUUGGAAUGAGGAGAGACAACUGCAGAGAAAAUUGAUGGCAUUGUGAAUGUUAAAAAUACUUCCAUAAAAUUUUGUACAUCCUGCCUCUACAAAUUACUAGAUAUAUAAAAUUAUAGUAUAGACAGAGGGAUUCCUUUAGCUCUUCUCUCGACAUUGAUUUACAGCUGAGAGUCCUCACGGCAGAGAAAUGUUGUGACCUCUGCCGUGCUACUGCAGGCUUCACGAGAGCUUUUCGUUUACCAUCUCGAUGUCCCGAGCUCGAACUGGCAACUGCCGAGAAUCAAAUACUGCUUAUCUUGUACUUCUCUUUCCAUCUGUGCAAGUUUAGCCCUACUGAUUACCCAAAUCUAUAGUGUGUCUGCACUACCUGAGAGUACUUAGAGCACAAAGCUUCAUCAUUUCUUCACUUUAUUUUUGUCUAUCUUUUUGGAUCGUGAACAAAAUGCCUAGUCUGUGCAUGCUGCUUGUUUGCAGUGUCAAAAAAUUCCUGACAAAAAUCUUGUUUGUUGUCACACUCAGAGUAUUUUCGUUUUUUAAUUUUUUUCUUCUUUUUUAUUUUUUUAUUUCUUAUAUUUGUGUACGAUUUCAAAGAGAAGAGAGCUCUUUUGUGUUGUUAUAUUUAUAUGUUUAACAGAUGAUUGUGUGUGUCCAGCUGGAUGGAUCAUACUGUAAGCUUAUUUUGGCUGUUGUAACACAAUAAUAAAAGUUUGAUUUUCCGA